AGGUCAAGCCAGUUUGCUACCAAGCCCUUUUUUCUGUUAACUAAGCAUCCCACCCAUUAGGCAGGAACAGGCUGCUACUGCCAAAACCACAGAUUCCCAUUUCUGGAGGGUGGAAAGGGCCCCAGGAGGUGAUGGAGGCCACAAGCCAGUCCCUCCCUAUUCUGCAUUGAAGACUGACAUGCGUAACAGAAUGCUGGAGCAGCCUGCAGUGGAAAGUUAGAGCUGUGGUAUGUGGCAGGCAAAUGAGGGAGCACAGAGCUGCUAGGAAGAGUGAGACUCAGAGGAUGAGGUGCAGCAUGGCCAGGACACCGCAGUUACUGGCUUAUCUGGUGGUAGCCAUUUGCCUCUGCCCUGGAGCAACAACAACCCAGCACCAUGCAGGGCAGCCCGAGGACAGCGCCAGCGUGGGAGGUGGCCUGCAGGACCCAGAAGCCCCCGAAGUGAUGUUUGAGGCUUCAGCCCAUCCCUUAAAUAGCUCCCCUUGCAGCUGCUCUGGGCUGGGCUGGAGCUGGAUGUCAUGGGGCAGCUGUACAUCCAGGAUGAAGAACUAGCAUCCACACGUCCAGGUCGCCGACUCAGGCUCCUCCUGCAGCACCGAGUACCCAGUGACUUGGAGGAUGCUGAGCAGCAGCUGAAACAGCUCCAGGACCUGCGAAAGGGGCCUCCUCUUAGUCCUUGGGACUUUGAACAUCUGCUCCUCACAGGCCUAUCCUGCGUCUACCGGCUCCAUGCUGCUAGUGAGGCUGAAGAAAGGGGUCGCUGGGCCCAGGUCUUCUCCCUCCUGGCCCAGGAAACACUCUGGGACCUGUGUAAGGAUUUCUGCCCCCAGGGCCAGCCCCCUUGGCUGGGGCCCUGGGCCUCCAUCCUUGGCCCCUUCCCCUGACCCUUCCUUUUUACCUGUCAUUUUCCCCUCCUAUUAUGUCCCCCCCCCCCCCCACCCCCCA